GGUCCUUCCUCUUUUUCCUGUGAUCUGGUUGAACAUUUUCCUGCUGAGAUUUUAGAUUUUUUCUUCUGUUAGGACUGAAGGCGGAUGAGACAAUCUGCAGUAUAAACGGCGGUUUCUACAGUUUGCCAUUUGUACAUUUUUAAGCUUUAAUUUUUCAGUUAUGUGUCGAUGAAUACGUCUCUGUGCACGAGCAGGUGCCCAAGGAGACCAGAAGAGGGCAUGGGAUCCCUAGAGUGGAGGGCCAUCUGCCAUGGGUGCUGGGAACUGAAUUCAGAUCCUCUGCGAGAGCAGCAGCCACUCUUACCCACUGAGCUGUCUCUUUGGUCUCCUAGAUUUUGGUCUUCUGACAUGCAAACACAUUUAAACAAUUUGAAGUGUGGUUACAGUCAAGAACUCGUCUUCUGAACUGCUGAUUUAUGAGGAGUGUGGCACGUAUGUCGAUAGGUUCUCACUUUGCACACAGAAAGCCUCUGAAAGCUGGCCUGAGCGCUGGCUCCUCCGUGGUUUUGAUAUGGGCCUCCACUCUUAGCCCAGGACACUGUCUCAUCUGGCCUUUCUGCUUCCCAGUGAUCAAAUGGAGACAUCAGGAUGACCAGACCCAGUCCAGCUCCUUCUUACGUGACCCUGUGGAGGGGAGGAACAGCACCAAUUCCACCAGGACCCUGAGGCUAUCAGACGCGGCCAGUGCCACCUGGUACAUCCUCGCCAUCAUCGGCAUCUAUGGUGUGAUCUUUGUCUUCCAGCUGGCCAGCAACAUCCUCAGGAGAAACGGGAGGUCCCUGGAGGACAUUUAUUACUCAAACUUAACUUCUGAACUCAAAAGGAAAGGGUUUCAGAGCAAGGUGGCUAAGUGCUCCCUGAUCAUCCACAACACAGCUGCCCUUCAGCCUCAACAAGACGACCCAGAACCAAAGGGUGAGAAUGGCAGGCUCCACACGGGAACCCAGGCGGUCCCUUGAAAGUCAGGGCCAACAGACCACCAUUGGGACAGAUGGCCUGGAACCAAAGGGUAAAUAUGGCAGGCUCCACACGGGAACCCAGGCGGUCUCUUGAAAGUCAGGGCCAAUAGACAACCAUUGGGAGGCCUUGGCUGUUUUGCAGGUGGAGGAGUUUGGGGCCUGCCUGUGAUCUGGAAGAAGGAACUGAGCCCUGG